ACACAUCAUUCACUCAUCUCUUUCCUCAUAAUUCUUUCUACGUCAAACCCAACCUUAAUCUAAUUUUGAGAGAACCCACUCCAAAAAAAAAAAAAUGUAUGAAAAGAUCAUAAUCAUAUCAGUAUUUCUCUUAACAUUCUUCCUUCUUGUUUCAGCAGCUACCCAUUUAAUCAUAGAGAUGAUCUUUUCAUGUCUUCUAAUGUUUAUUAUGAAACCAAUAGACAACAUCAACAUGGUCACAAUACACGCAACAGUCACUUGAAAAAUCGCCAUGGUUAUGCUCCUGGAUCUUCUCCUCGAGCUUUUAACGUCAACACUUUUGGUGCUAAAGCCAACGGAAACGACGAUUCUAAGGCAUUCAUGAAAGCUUGGGAAGCAGCUUGUUCAUCAACUGGAAUAGUUUACGUUGUGGUUCCAAAGAAUAGAGAUUACAUGCUUAAAUCGGUUACAUUCUCUGGUCCAUGUAAAUCAUCCUUGAUUAUUUUUAAGAUUUACGGAAUGAUUGAGGCAUGGAAAAAUCCAUCAGACUACAAGGAACGUAGGCAUUGGAUUGUGUUCGAAAAUGUCGAUAACCUUCGAGUUGAAGGAGGUGGCCGUAUCGACGGUAAUGGACAUAUUUGGUGGCCAAACUCUUGCAAAAUCAACCCUCAACUUCCAUGCCUGGGAGCUCCAACGGCAGUUACGUUUGUGGAGUGUAAUAACUUGAGAGUAAGUAACAUUAGGUUGGAAAACGCACAGCAAAUGCAUUUGACGUUUCAAGACUGCAAAAACGUGAAGGCUUUGAAUCUUAUGGUCACAUCUCCGGCUGAUAGUCCUAACACCGAUGGCAUUCACGUUACCGGAACUCAAAAUAUCUUAAUUCAAGACUCUAUCGUCCGUACUGGUGAUGAUUGUAUAUCGAUAGUGAGUGGGUCGGAGAAUGUGAGAGCGACAGGCAUUACAUGCGGGCCUGGUCAUGGAAUCAGCAUUGGAAGUUUGGGAGAAGAUAACUCAGAAGCAUAUGUUUCAAAUGUGGUAGUCAACAAAGCGACUCUUAUAGGAACCACUAAUGGUGUGAGAAUCAAGACUUGGCAGGGAGGACAUGGAAUGGCAAAGAACAUCAUAUUCCAAGACAUCAUAAUGAAGAACGUUACAAACCCAAUAAUCAUCAACCAGGACUACUGCGAUCGUGUUGAAUCAUGUCCCGAACAGAAAUCGGCGGUACAAGUGAGCAAUGUGUUGUACAAAAACAUACAAGGGACGAGCUCAAGACCCAUAGCUGUGAAAUUUGUAUGCAGCAAGAGCAUUCCAUGUCGAGGAAUAUCAAUGCAAAACGUUAAAUUGGUCGACCAAACUCAACAAGAUGUAUCCAAAGCUUCUUGCUCCAAUGUGAAGUUGGACACCCGAGGAAAUGUUUCUCCUCUUUGCACUUAAUCACUUUUGAUCCUCAAGAAAACAACAGUAUUCACCGAUCGAUUUUAGUCUAUUUCUAUAUGUUUACGUAAUUUGGUCGGUGAUUUCUGUAUAUGUAUAGUAUCAAUAUAGUCCAUGUUUGAAGUGUAGGUUUUUAUGGAGAUUAAUUGAUAUACGAAAUGGGAUUGUAAGGUAUUUGAUCUUAGUUAGAAGUAAAACAAUUGUGAUUGA